AAAUAUUAAUUAUUUUUAAAUCUAAUUCUAAUCUUCAUAUAUAACAUAAUGCAAUAGAUUAUAAACUAAAAAAAAAAAAUCUUGAUUGUUCAUCGCACGAGAAUAGUUUAGUUAACCUUAAAACACUCCUCAUUCUAAUCAUCAGUUCAUCACUAUCAUCUUCUGCUAAACAAUUCCUGCCCCAUUUUCUCUCUCUCCGCCGUCAUCGCUGCCGCCAACCACCAUCAAUCACCACCGCAUCGUACUCAUUCGAAGUUUCCGAUCGACAACAAUGGAUUCAGCAGCAAUUUCCAGACUCUCUAAUAUUACAAGACACCUUUAUCCUCACCCUGCUUCUUCUUCUUCAACCUCUCAUCUUUUCGAGGGUGGGUUGAUCAAAGUUAGCCCAGAAGUUUCUGAUGCUCUAUCUCGUGGAGCAGCUGUUGUUGCACUGGAAUCAACUAUUAUUUGUCAUGGAAUGCCCUACCCUCAAAAUUUUAAAACUGCAAAGGAAAUUGAAGCAAUCGUGAGAGACAAUGGAGCGAUUCCUGCAACCAUUGCUAUAUUGGAUGGAAUUCCGCGUAUAGGUCUCCAGAUUGAAGAGUUGGAGAGGCUUGCUAAAACAGGAGCGCAAGUUCGAAAGACUGCUCGUCGUGACAUUGCUGCUGUUGUUGCUGCUGGAGUAGAUGGUGCUACAACUGUUUCAGCAACAAUGUUUUUUGCAUCAAUGGUUGCCAUUUCCGUCUUCGUGACUGGGGGUAUCGGGGGAGUACACAGGCAUGGAGAGCAAACCAUGGAUAUAUCUUCUGAUCUUACUGAGUUGGGGAAGACGCCAGUAGCAGUGGUCUCUGCUGGUGCUAAAUCAAUACUUGACAUACCUAGAACCCUCGAGUAUUUGGAAACUCAGGGAGUGUGUGUUGCUGGAUACAGAACCAAUGAAUUUCCUGCUUUUUUUACUGAAACAAGUGGCUGUAAGGUUUCUUGCCGUGUGGAUUCCCCAGAAGAUGCUGCCCGGUUAAUAGAAGCCAACACAAAACUCAAUCUCGGAACUGGUGUGCUAAUUGCAGUUCCUAUUCCCAAAGAACAUUCUGCUUCUGGUAGCUUAGUUGAAUCUGCAAUACAGAAGGCUUUGAUGGAAGCAAAGGAGAAAAAUAUAAAGGGCAGUGCUGAAACUCCUUUCUUGCUUUCAAGAGUGAAUGAGUUAACUGGAGGAGCUUCUUUGGCUUCUAAUAUCGCUCUUGUAAAGAAUAAUGCCACCACUGGUUCUAGGAUUGCUGUUUGUCUUGCCCAAAUGAGAGGAUAUGGUGAUCAAGUUAAAUCUUAGUGGUCGUCUAUGCACCAGGAGUUAUCUGUGACCUGGCUACGGUAUCUGACAAGCUAGGCUACGUCAGUUUCAUAAGACUCAUGACUGUAGUUGGUGACUUUGACGAUGCAAUGUUCAUCAGGGUGCAUCAUCUUCAAUUCAUCGCGUCAUAUGGCUGAGUGUGGCUGCAUAUGGCUUCUUAUGAGGCGGUCGCUGUCUUUUGCUGGAUUGGAAACGAUGAAUCUUUCAAGUGAGAUUUUAGCUGAGAAUAAAUCCACUGUACAAACUGUAUGAAUUUUAGCUGAGAAUAAAUGUUACUCCUAUGAUUUAGUGUAAGUUAGAGUUUAAUAAUAACAUUGAGGGUUGCAUUUUUCAAACAGGUGAACGUGGGUUUCAACAAAAACUCCACUAAAUUCAUGUGAUUCCAAAGACAAUUGGUCAUCCAAAUUAAGUUGUUUGUCUGCAAGUUUCUGUAUUCAAGCUGCAUUUGCAGUCCCACUAUAACUACAUUGUUUAGUCAGUCGGUUUUACAGCUGAACAGUCAACCUAAUCAUAAAUAUUUAUGUAUUUCUAGCA